AUGGCAACUGUAACAAUAAAGAGAUUAGCAACAUCUCCUUAUGUUUUGAUUACUGUUUUUGUCGCUCUUGCUGCUUUCUUCUUCAGCUCCAGAUUUCCCUUCAAACCCAUCAAUUCUUCUCAACAACAGGUCCAGAGAUUGUUAACUGUUGAAGAACUUGCUUUGUACAAUGGAACUGAUGACGGUUUGCCCAUUCUCUUAGGAAUCCUUGGAUCCGUGUUUGAUGUAACGAAAGGAAAAUCUCAUUAUGGGGUAGGAGGAGGUUACCAUCAUUUUUCUGGAAGAGAUGCUUCUCGUGCGUUUGUUUCAGGAAACUUCACAGGAGAUGGACUCACAGACUCAUUGCGUGGUUUGUCCAGUACUGAGGUGAAGAGUAUUGUUGAAUGGCGGGAAUUCUACUUCAGAAGCUACACGUUCGUUGGCAAACUGGUUGGUCGUUAUUAUGACAGUGAAGGAAAUCCUACCAAAUCUUUGAAGGGAGUUGAAGCAAAGGCUGCAAGAGGCACCCAGCUUAUGGAGAAACAGAAAAAAGAGGAAGCCAAACAGCCCAGUUGCAAUUCGAGGUGGAGUCAGGGAGAGGGUGGAGAGGUCUGGUGCGAUGAUGGCUUUCCAAGGUUAGUGCAGAGGCCGCUGGAAAUUGCUUUGACUGGGAAGAUGAGCAAGCGAUGUGCUUGCUUUAAGGAAGAUCAACUAAGCCAGCCAGGAUUAGAAGUGUAUGAAGGAUGCGAUUAUCUUGCCAAGACAUGUCGUGUUUGA